AUGGCCUCUUGUUCCACUGAGUUAAAUCUACCUGAGCUCUACUGUGGCCAUACCUUCUGCCAGGGCUGUCUCACCAAAACCUGGGUCAACCUGGUCGAUGGAGAACUGAAGCAUUUAUCUCAAGCUUCUCUCAGCGAUGUCCAUCUGGCAGCGCCCAGCAAGUCGGGGGAACGUGUCUUAUUGGAACCCACCUCUUCCCCGGAGAAAGGAAAAUGCUCUGUACACAAGAAAAUGCUGGAGUUUAGUUGCAUCAAGGACGGUGCUUUAAUCUGUGUGUCCGGCUGUCUGGUUGGGGAACACAAGGGCCACAAUGUGGAGAUGCUGAGUGAGGCCUCUGAGAGGAAGAAAGAGAAACUGAGAAACAUUCUGGAGAAAAUGAGUUCAAAACAAGGGACGGUGGAACGAAAAGCAAAAGACGUGCAAACACCCACGGGAGAAAUUCCCAACAAAGCUCCUGGUGUAACACAGAGUCAGUGCCCUGCUUAG